AUGGCAAAGGCAUACCGUAAAGAUGAAUUUGAAUUUUUUCAGAAUCAAGUUGGGAAGAUUGAUCAGAGGGUAAAGUCUUAUCUUGAGGUUGCUGGAUUUGAAAAAUGGACAUGGGUGUAUGCACCUGUCAAUAGAGGUAGAAUGAUGACCUCUAACCUAGCGGAGUGUAUAAAUGGUAAGCUGAAGCAAGCACGUGAGUUGCUGAUAAUCGAAUUUCUGGAAGAGGUUAGUGCGUCAUCAACACAUAUUUAUUCGAUUUACGAUGAAGGAAAAAAGUACAUAGUAUGUCUUGAUAGGAGUCCUUUCAGUUGCGGGAGAUUCCAAUUGGAUGAGAUAACAUGUGAACGCGCAAUUACGGUUCUAAAAAACAAGCAUGUAGUUGAUAUGAAGCCUUAUUGCUCUGAGUAUUACUAUCCUGAAAUAUUAAGGAAGACAUAUGACCAAUCGAUGUUUCCAAUGCCAUAUAAGAAAGAAUGGAUUGUGCCACAAGAAGUUAUAGACGAAGUUGUGUUACCACCUAAAUACAAACGUCAACCUGGAAGGCCAAAGAAAAACAGGCACAAGAAAUGA